AUACUCCCUGAAAAGAUAUACUACUUUAUUAGUCUCUGGCCCUGUACUACUGAGGUAACUUGGUAAAAUAUAUUAUACAAAUGAAUUUAUUUCAAGGCUUUAGCCAAAUACAGGACUGUCACCAUUCUCCAAUGAAGUCACUCAAAGAACCAAAGGGUCAUUUUUGACCCCACAUUUUUUUAACCCAUACACCCAGAGGGUCAUUUUUGGCCCAUUGUUUUUUUAACUAGCUCAGAGUUGCUAAUUUAUCCAAAAAUUAUAUAAAACGUACUUCUAGGCAUUCUGCAAGCUAAUACUAAAUAGAUUAACAAAAAUACACAAUUUUACCAACCGCUGGUUUGCUGAGAAGACGAUUUUGUUUGGGUAGGUUUCCAGCUCAACAAAACAGCAUGUGGUCAGCCAUCUUGUUACUACCACUCUGGCACUUGUGAGUUCAAUAUUCAUCCACUAGGUGUCUCUAUGCAGGGGCCAGAAGUGGCACUCUGGGCUUUUGAAGUUAAAUUUGACAAAACAUUUUUUUUUUGUUAAUUUUGGGUAGCAGCAAUUAACAGCGGCCAAAUUUGACCCCGUGGGUUCUCCAGGGUUAAAAUUGCAGAAAAGUGUUAGUGUAUAUAUUUUUAUAUGGCUGCAAAGCCGUCGCUCUAUGAAUAAAUAAAUGUAUUUCAAUAAAUGUGUUUUUCUUCAUUUAUUUGGCUCUAAUGGUGACAAUGUUAGUGAGACGCAUCGCAUAUCUGACUGAUUACGUUUGAAAACCAAGACGAGAAACGAAACCGAAAGUAAACAGGUCCGGGGAAACUGAUCACGGGUCCGUCGGCUCUGAUAAACGGGAUCGGUGAAUUCUGGCAGAACUUCUGCUGAUCUUUCCAGCGAUAUCUUAUCAACAUGAGCUGCGAUCAGGACGCAGAGACGCGACACAUUCUGGACUGUUUCAGAGACAGACUGAAGCGACUCGUUCAGGUCGAGCCGCUUCUGGAUCUGCUGCACUUCCUCGAACCGGAUCGAAAGGACCGGAUUAAAGCCAAGUUUCGUGAGCAGGGGAACAUAAGCGCCGCGGCACUUCUGAUUGACGAGAUUAUUCAGUCUAAAAACUGCGAACAGGGAUGGUCGAGAGAGCUGAUCACCGCGCUGGAGACCGUCGGGUGCAAACACGCCGCAAAGUACGUGCUGAACAGCCCACCGGAGCCCACAGAGGAGACCGAGAACGACAGCUGCGUCCGGCUGAUCGACCUCCUGCAGCUCACGCUGGUCAACAUGAAGACCGCAGACGUGUGCGCGCACUGCCGCGCGCUGGGGCUCCUGACGCAGGAGGACCAGGAGAAUAUUAUGAAACUCACAGAGAAUCAGGGGAACAUAGGUGGCGCUCGGCUCCUCCUGAAAAGACUGGUGAAAAAUGAAGCUGGCUGGUUUUCCAAAUUCCUUCAGGCUCUGGAGGACACGGAGCACCACGAGCUGGUGCGCGAGCUGCGGGGAGAGCCGUGUAAUGAGGACGAGGCCAUGUCAGUCGAGACUGUUGAGGAGGGUGAACAGUCGUGCUCGGCUGCUGCAACAGAGACUAACAUGGACGGCUCUAUGCCGUCUCUCCCUCCCGUUCUCUCAGCGAACAGCUCGCUUCUGUCAGAGGAUCUGGACAGCAGUGUGGACAGCAGCGGUCUGGGUGCAUCUGCUGACAAUGAAGAGAUCGAAAUGUACAAAGGUGAGGAGGAAGAUCUCGCAGAGGAUGAUGAUCCAUCAGAGAAACGCAAGAGGGAUAUUGUACUGCGUGACUAUCAGAUGGAGGUGGCAAGACCAGCUCUGGAGGAAAAGAACAUCAUCAUCUGCCUCCCUACAGGAAGUGGGAAAACCAGAGUUGCUGUGUAUAUCACUGAGAAACAUUUGGAGAUGAGGAAGCAGAUGGGACAACCGGGGAAAGUUGUUGUUUUGGUCAACAAGGUUCCCCUGGUCGAGCAGCACUACAAGGCCGAGUUUGGGCGAUUUCUGAAGCACCAGUACUCAGUGGAGCGGGUCAGCGGAGCCUCACAGCUCAAAAUCUCCUUCCCACAAAUCAUCGAGCAAAACGACAUCAUCAUCUGCACUGCACAGAUUCUGGAAAACUCUCUGGCCAAAGCCAAGAACGGCGACGAGGACGGGAUCAAAUUAUCACAGUUCACUCUGAUGGUUAUUGAUGAAUGCCACCACACGAAGAAGGGCGGUGUGUAUAACCACAUCAUGAUUCGCUUCCUAAAACAAAAACAUCAGAACCACCUACUGAAAAAGCAGGAGAAAAGUCCAGUUCCGCUCCCUCAGAUUCUGGGUCUGACGGCCUCACCUGGUGUGGGAGGAGCGAUGAGCCAGCAGAGAGCGGAGGAACACAUUCUCCAGAUCUGUGCGAACUUGGAUGCCUUCACAAUAAAAACAAAGACUUUCAAAGAAGAGGAGGCCAAAACACCAUUCAAAAGGAUUGCAAGAGCAGAAGAGAGGAAGGAGGACCCGUUUGGAGACGUGAUCAAGAAGAUAAUGGAUGAAAUCCAUGAGCAUGCUGAACUGAAGCCCCUCUGUGAGCCUGGCACACAAAACUACGAACAGUGGGUCGUCCAGAAAGAGCAGAACGCUGCUAAGGAGGAGAAUCAGAAGGUGCGCGUGUGCGCUGAACAUCUCCGCCAAUACAACGAGGCUCUUCAUCAGAGCAACACCAUACGCAUGUCAGACGCCUUCCGCUUCCUCGACAAAUAUCACAACGAAGAGCUCAAGACCAAAUCCAGCCCCGAUGAGGAAGGCAUUGUUACAAUCACAGACACGGAGCGAUUCCUCUUCACUUUGUUCAAAGACAAUAAAGCAAAGCUGCAGCAGUUGAUGGGAAAGCCACAGUAUGAAAACAACAAUCUGGCCCAGCUGAAAACCAACAUCCUGAAGGAAUUCAGCACCAGAGAGAGAGCGAGAGGCAUCAUAUUCACCCGGACACGCCUCAGCGCCAUCGCUCUCUGCCAGUGGAUUCAAGAAAACCCCAAAUUUGAUGAAGUGGGAGUCAGUGCCAGUUAUCUGAUCGGCGGAGGAGAUCAGAGCUUGGUGAAGCCGAUGACCGCUGCAGAACAGAAGGACGUGCUGAACAAGUUUCGUGACGGGCAGAUCAAUCUGCUAAUAGCCACCACUGUAGCAGAAGAGGGUUUGGACAUCGCCGAAUGUAAUUUCGUCAUCCGCUAUUGCCUUGUGACCAAUGAGAUCGCCAUGAUUCAGGCCCGUGGUCGAGGAAGAGCAGAGGACAGUAGUUACACGCUGGUGGCGGAGGCAGGAUCUGGGGUGGCAGAGAGAGAGAGCGUUAACGAAUACCGGGAGAAAAUGAUGAGCAAAGCCAUCGCCAAAGUGUGCAAGAUGAAUCGAGCAGACUACGAGAAGAAAAUCAGAGAGUUUCAGAUGCAGGCCAUAAUGGAGGAGAAGGUGAAGAUAAAGAAGAAACAGCAGAAGGGAAUGAUGAAGGAACCACCAUCUAAAAUCAGCCUGAGUUGCAGGCAGUGCAGUGUGUUUGUGUGCUCUGGAGAAGACAUUGAGAAGAUCGAGAACAUGCACCAUGUCAAUGUCACUCCGCAAUUUAGUAAGCUGUUUACAGUCCGAGAGAAUGCAUCACUACAGGAGCGACUCCUGGACUAUGAGACCAAUGGAGUCAUUGCGUGCAAAAACUGCGGACAGCAAUGGGGCUCAAUGAUGCUGUAUAAGAGCAUCGAGUGUCCCUGCCUCCAUAUCAAGAACUUUGUGGUCACGUACGGCACCAAGAAGAAGACAUUUAGCAAAUGGAGCGAGUUGCCCAUAAAGUUCACGGCGUUUGAUUACACUCAACAUGCCGAUCUCCUUGUAGAGGACUCAGGGGAAGAAGACGACGACAUGGAAACUGACUAAAAGUAAAGAGCAGAAGAUAGUCAAUCUCAUCUCUUACACAAUCAAUCAGAUGUCAUAAUGAUGCAUCUACCAAGUCUAUUCUAUUGAAAGCAGUGGCAUUUCUCAACAUGAUGUGGGUCAAUGGAAGCUGUUAUUUCUAUCGUUUAUUUAAUCUGAAGUGGCAUUUGUGAAAUUCUGAUUCGAAUGCACUUUUUAUCUCACAAUUCUGAGUUUACAUCUCGCAAUUAUUUUUUUCUGCAACGGCAUAAAAAAAUUAAAUUAAUUUUGACAUUUAUUUCACAAUUCUGACUUUUUUCCUUACAGUUUCAAGUUUAUAUCUCACAAUUUUGACUUCUCAGAAUUAAAUAUUUAUGUCUUGGGUGUUAACAUCUCACAAUUCUGACUUUAUAGCUUGCAAUUCUGAUAUUCCCCCAAAUUGUGUACAGAUUGUGAGAUAAAAUGUGGUAAUUUCAGUUUAAAUUUUUUUAUUAUUAUUCCUUAGCAAAAAAGUUCAUUCAUAGAAGUCAGAAGAAGGUCUUGUAAUAAAGCACAAACAAGGGUUUGCAUCAGCACCACUCAUUAGCAAACUACAUUCACUAAAACUGCACUGAAUUAAGUGAUUUUGAUUUAUUUUCCAGUCAGGGAUUUUUAAAUAAAUGUUUUGCACUGUAACAUUUCAUGCAUGUGGAAGCACAGUGAAGCUGUGCAGUCUGUGACAAAUACUGAUUUUGUGUCUUGAGAGUUUCCGUAUAUUUAGAUUUACCUCUAGAGAAUAUGGUACAUGUGCGCUAUUUGGAGUAAAUACAUUAAAAUGACCCUUUUUGUGUCA